UUGGCAAAAUGGGGCCAAUCGGGCUUUAUUGGUUCGGGUGGAUUUUGUCCGAUUGACAUUCCUCACUUGAUAACAACAAUAUGUCCUGCAGGGUAUACUUAAUGGAAAAGAAGUAGCAGUGAAAAGGUUGUCCGAAAAUACCAAACAAGGCGAAAUUCAGUUUAAAAACGAGGUUUUGUCAAUGGCAAACCUUUCACAUCGUAAUCUUGUCCGACUUGUGGGCUUCUCAGCCGAGAACAAUGAAAGGGCUCUCAUCUAUGAAUUUCUACCCAACAAAAGUCUUGACAACUUCAUCUUCGAUAAGGCGUUGGGAUGGGCAACACGCUACGGAAUCAUAGUAGGUGUCGCUCGUGGAAUUCUUUACCUUCAUCAAGAUUCCCAUGCGCGGAUAAUUCACCGGGAUCUUAAACCAGGUAAUGUAUUGCUAGACAAGGACAUGACACCAAAAAUCGCUGAUUUUGGUUUGGCUAAAUUGUUCGAUGAGAGCCAAAUAAGCCAACGGUUUACGGAAAACAUCAUGGGGACCGAAGGCUAUAUAGCUCCAGAGUUUCGAAACGAAGGGCGGAUCUCGUUUAAGACAGAUGUUUACAGUUUCGGUGUGUUGGUUCUUGAGAUCUUGAGUGGUAAGAGUAUUUGGAAUUCGAAAAUGGGGGAGAAUGGGGAGGAUCUUAUAACCUAUGCAAAGAGGAUGUACAAGAAGAAACCACUGAAACCAGAGGACUCGAACUUAGAUAAACGUGAUAAGGAAGAUAUAUUGACUUGCAUUAGCAUUGGUCUGGGAUGCGUUGAAUAUAAUCCUUCAGACAGACCAGAAAUGAGGAAUGUUGUUCAGAUGCUAGAAAAAACCAAUCGUUCUCAAGCAGCAUCAGAGCAGAGAACUACAAAAGGAAGAAAGUCAAGAGUAAAUGUUUAAGUGUGAUUGAAUUAGAAAGUUUGCUUUUUUUGUGUGUGUGUGUGUGUGU